AUGGCUGGUCCUAUGGAUAGAAUUCAAGUAUUGGACGAAAUUGAAAAAGACAUCAUCACUUGCCUGCAGUGUGCUGCUCAAGCACUUCUUGAACUAGGGAAGGAAAAAUCAAGUCAAAAACAAGCAGAGAGUAAUACAUCACAAUUUUUAAGAACACUCAGCCAAGUGGAGUCAAAAUUAAGUGACCAGAUUAAUUACCUGACUCAGGUGUCUACAGGGCAACCUCAUGAGGGUUCUGGUUAUGCUUCUCAAAAGGUUUUACAAAUGGCAUGGCACAGAUUAGAGCAUGUUCGAUCAUGGAUUAAUGAAUUGGAGAGGUUAAAGGCUUCACAUUUAGCUGCAAGUAGUAGAACAGUUACUGGUAUACCUAAUGGUGGUACUAUGACCUCAUCAGGAACCAGCACUCAAUAA